CUUUGUUUACAAAAAGCAGCUCAUAUAUCCAACUAACUCCACUUUCCAUUUUUCACUACAAUUUUGUGACUGCUCUCUACUCCCUUCUCUCUCUUGUUUUUUUUUUCAGUGCAAAAAUUGGAAAGUUGAAGAAAAUGAGUGGGGAUCAACACAUGGAUAUGCAUUACAUGAAUAAUAUGGGGUUUCCUUACAAUGUUCCAGAGACUUUCACAGGCUUUUUGGAUGGUGUUUCACAGACCCCUAUGCAUUAUCAUAAUAACCCUCUACACAUUCAAGAUCAGGAAAAUGCAUACUGGUCUAUGAAUAUGAGUUAUUGUAAAUAUGAGUACUCCAAUCUUGAGAGUACUUCUUACCAUUCUUAUGAGACUGGCAGCAACCACCAUGUAUCAAGACCGGAUCUCUCAGAGAGGCCUUGGGAGUAUCCUAUACCUAUAAAUGUCGGCGAAGGUGUAUUGACUGAUGUAAUAUACGAGGAAAAUACAGUCUCUGGUGAGGAUGCUGGCACGGAGGAAUGUGAUCUACCCCAUCAAGAUGAUUCGAACCACCAGGAUAUUUUGGAAGAUGAUAUUGACCCUGAUAACAUGACCUAUGAGGAGUUACUUGAUUUAGGUGAAACAGUUGGAACUCAAAGUCGAGGACUUUCCGAGGAGCUUAUUAAUUUACUUCCAACAACCAAAUACAAGUCUAACAGCAUCUUUUCCAGGAAAAAAUCAGAAGAGAGAUGUGUCAUCUGUCAAAUGAGGUACAGACGAGGGGAUCGGCAAAUAAAUUUGCCAUGCAAGCACAUGUACCACACCGAAUGCGGCUCCAAAUGGCUAAGCAUCAAUAAGACAUGCCCCAUUUGCAACAAAGAGGUACUCCUUGAAGAAUGAAGGCAUUAUGUUAUAAAAUGGUCCAUAUAGGGUUCAGUUUUAGCAGAUUUGCUUCGACGGAUUUACUGCCGAUUUGGUUCAAUGGCUUUACUAUCUUCUUCCACUGCCCACUAACGUAGAGUAACAUCAAAACUUUUAAUCACUUUUCUUAGAUCAUGCUUAAAACGCAGGAAAAAGUAACUAAAUAGACGCUCAUAUGUUCACAGCCUUAUGUCUUUUUAGGGAAAGUCUGAAUAUAGAAGUCUUCUUCCUUUUCUUUUUUGAGCUAUAUAACGAGCUCGUAACUAAUUCCUCUAUUCUUUCUCCAUUGUGCUGUGUGUACUUUUACAGUUGUUAAGUUGCUUUGAACAACUUUCUUAUCCAGGCGAAUGCAACUCCUUGUACUUUUAAAUA